AUGGCGACAAUUGGGCCGUCUUCCUAUGGCCGCCCCGUACCGGAAGUCGAAUGGAUCGACAACCAGGGGAAGACGAUCGCCGACGGCGCCAAGUUCAAGAUCGAAACUUCGGGCCUCAAUACCUGCCUAACCAUCCAGAAAAUCGAGAUCGCCCACCGCGGUGAAUUUACCUGCCGCGUCCGCAACCGCUGCGGCGAGGACAAGUACGCCAUCGGAAUUCAGGUGACGGAUCGCCCGGAACCGCCAGGAAAGCCGACCGUCCAAGACCAAAAUGUCGACUCCGUCAAGCUACUCUGGGCAGUCCCCAAACAGGACGGCGGAUCGGCCAUCAGGAAUUAUAUUGUGGAAAUGAAGACUGAAAACGACAAGACCUGGGCGAAGGCCGAGGUGACGAAACAGCCAUUCACCACCCUCUUCCACUUGGUGGCAGGAGAAACAUACCGCUUCCGCGUCCGUGCCGACAACGUCUUCGGGCAGUCCGACCCCUCAGAAGAGACCGAUCCGGUUACGGUACAAUCUGUCACCAGACAGGUUGUUACCCCGCCGCCAAAGGAGAGGAAGGAGGAACAGCCCGAAGCCGUUGACUACGAAAAGCUGGACACCACCGUGGGUGAGGCCGAAUUGCACAAGACCGUCGACCUCAGCCGUAUCCCCAACGACUUGCAGGCAAAGUACAUCAUCUGCGAGGAGCUCGGCCGUGGGGCCUACGGUACCGUAUACCGUGCCAUCGAACGCGCAACCGGCAAGACGUGGGCCGCUAAAAUGGUCCAGGUUCGUCCGGGAGUGAAGAAAGAGAACGUGCUGCACGAGAUGGACAUGAUGAACCAGUUGCACCAUGAAAAGCUGCUGCAUCUGCAUGAGGCAUUCGACCUCGGGAACGAGAUGUGUCUCAUCGAGGAGUUUGUCUCGGGCGGCGAGCUUUUCGACAAGAUCAUGGAGGACGACUCGCUCAUGUCCGAGCCCGAGGUUCGCGACUACAUGCAUCAAAUCCUGCUCGGCCUGCAGCAUAUGCACCAGAAGAACAUUGUCCACCUCGACCUGAAGCCUGAGAAUAUUUUGCUAAAGGCGAAGGGCAGCACCGACAUCAAGAUCAUCGACUUUGGGCUUGCCCGGAAGCUGGACCCGAAGCGCGGCGUGAAGCUGCUCUUCGGCACGCCGGAAUUCUGCGCGCCCGAGGUGGUCAACUACCAGCCCGUCGGCCUGGCCACGGACAUGUGGACCGUCGGAGUGAUCUCCUACGUUCUGCUCUCCGGCUUGUCCCCAUUCCUCGGCGAUUCCGACGAGGAAACCCUGGCCAAUGUGUCGGCAGCCGAUUGGGACUUUGACGACCCGUCAUGGGAAGAUGUUUCUGAUUUGGCCAAAGAUUUCAUCUGCCGUCUAAUGGCCAAGGAUAAGAGGAAGCGGAUGAGCGUCCAGGAGGCCCUGCAGCACCCGUGGAUCGUGAAAUCCGCCCCGAAAUACCGCGGAAAGGUGCCGCUCCGCCAGAAGCGCGACUUCAUGGCGCGCAAGCGCUGGUCGGACGACCUGCUGCCGAUUGGACGCCUCGCCAAGCGGGGAGCCAUCUUUAGGAGGCUGUCGAUGGACGGAGUAUUCGAGCGGAAUAUUUCUUUCGACACCGACUGUGCGCCAAUCAUCCGAAAACGUCUCGAGGACAUUUUCGCAAAUGUUGGUGACCUGAUCGCGACGCUGUCGUGCGACGUCGAAGGAAUGCCGGCUCCAAGGAUACGCUGGUUCAAGGGAGACAAGGAACUACCAAUAAACUCUCCGAAAUACAACACGCGCUAUCUGAAUGGUCUGGCUGAGCUGACGGUGAAAAAUAUCGAAGAAACCGACGCCGGAAUCUACACAUGCCGUGCCACAAAUGAUCUUGGAUCCAUCGAGACCCAAGCGAAGCUCGUGAUCGAAGCGCCGAAGAAAAAGGACGACAAAAAGAUGGAGCUCGACCGGAAGGCCGUCAAGUUCGAGAACGGCGUCGUCAGCCUGAACAUCUUCAACACGUUGCCCGAGGACUCGGGCACAUACACUUGCGUGGCCGAGAAUCUCCACGGCGCCGCCAGGACGAUGACGGUGCUGACCAUCACGCCCGCCGAGGACAAGCGGGUCAAGCCGAAAUUCGUCGAGCCGCUGAUGGACAAGUCGGCCUGCGAGGGCAAUGAGAUUGUGCUGGAGUGCCAGGUGGAAGGCUCCCCCCUCCCGAACCUCACGUGGUACAAGGAUGGACUGAAGCUGAUCCUCGAAAAUCGCAUGCUGCACUACAUCGACCGGAAGGGCAUUGCGAAGCUGAACAUCAUGAAUGUCCAGGUGGAAGACGCCGGGCAGUACGCCUGCGAGGCAAUCAACCCGGUCGGCAAGGACUUUACGCACUGCACGGUCAAGGUGAUCGACAUGGGACUGGCGGCCAGCCGACUGAGCACGAGCCGCGCCAGCUCGAGGAGCAGGAGCCCGACACCGGCGAGGUCAAGCGUCGACCGCGAAGACGAGCGAGCCCCCGUCAUCACCCGACCCCUCACCGACACCACCGUAUAUGAGGGAAAUCGUGAACUGCUCGAACUUGAAGUCUCGGGCGUGCCGGCCCCCUCCGUCGAGUGGUACCGUAAUGGGAAGCUCGUGUCGGAGAGUCGCCUGCUACGCACGUACUUUGACGGCAGGGUAGCGUUCCUGAAGAUCUACGAGGCAAACGAGGAGCAUGCUGGGGAAUAUGUAUGCCGGGUGGCGAAUCGAGCCGGAACUGUCGAGAGCCGUGCCGUGCUUACGGUUGCGAAACAGGUGACCGAGGAUGACCACGUGAAGGACAUGCCGAAAUUCGUGAAGAAGCUCGAGGAUAUGGAGGUGGCCAAGGAGGGCGAUGGCGUCACACUCACUUGCCAGGCCAAGGGCGAACCGGCCGUCGAAAUCGUUUGGCUGCACAACGGCCGGGCGAUCCAUGGAAACGAGAAUGUACGCACGCGUACCUUUGACGAUAGCACGGCCACGCUGGAGAUUGUCUCCUGCGGGCCCGACGACUGCGGCGUGUACACGGCCGUGGCGACGAACCCGCUUGGCGAUGCGCAUACUUCGGCGCAGGUAUCCCUGGCCGAACGGAAGGAAAAAGCGAAGGCAAUCCUACCCGCGUUCAUCGUCGAGCCGAAGAAGAAGGUGGUCGUGGAAGAGGGACAAGUGCUGAACAUUCUUUGCGACAUUAAUGGCACCCCCACGCCGGAUAUCACCUGGCUGAAGGACGGCCAACCCCUACGUACGGAUAAGCGGAUCCUGGCCCUGAGCGAGGGAUUGAGCCAUCAGCUGAUCAUCUCCAACGCCCAGCUCGAAGACGCCGGCAUCUACCGUAUCCUCGCGGAAAAUGAAAGAGGCAAAAUUCAGCACGACACUGAGGUUCAGGUGACCCGAAAAGCCGAGGAAAAGCAGGAGAAGCCGAAGGCAAAGGUCGAAGAAAAAGAUGAGGAAAAGAAGAAGGGAGCCCCGGGUCUGGUGGAGGAUCUCGUGCUCAACGGCACCACCACACAAUCCGUCUCCCUGGGAUGGAGCGAGCCGAAGGAGAAUGGAGGAUCACAGAUCGCCGACUACGAAGUGCAACUCCGGAAACCGGAUCGCCGCAGCUGGACGGACGCGGCGCGUACGAUCGACUGCGAAGCGAAAAUCCGGAACCUGGAGCCGAACACCGAGUACUUCUUCCGGGUGCGCGCACGCAACGCGCGAGAACACGGCGCGUGGGCCCAGAUGAAGAUGACCGUCAAGACCGACACGACGGCUGAGAAGCCGAUGAUCCGGAAGGCGCCGUCCGCCCAGGUUUCCGCUGCUGAGGGCGACAAGAUCGAGUUGGUCGUCGAGUACUCGGGAGAGCCCGCGCCGAAGGUCAAAUGGUACCGCACCGGUCACCAAAUGAUCGACGGCCUGCGCGUGCGGCUUCAAAACGAGCCGGAAGCCGAUGUGGCGCGUCUGAUAAUCCAUGACGCCAUCAAAUCCGAAGACGCCGGAGUCUACGCAUGCCAUAUCGAAAACGAGGCCGGCCACGUCAGCUGCGAGGUCGCCAUCUCUAUUACCGCGAAAGUUGCACCGGAAAAACCGGAAACUGGCAAACCUGAGGCUCCCCAAGCCGCUGAGCCCCAGAAAACUGAAGCUAAGCCGGAGGAGGCUAAGCCGAAGAAGGCUGAAGCUCAGGCUGAGGAGUCGAAGGAUGAAGCCAAGCCGAAGAAGACCAAGAAGAGCAAGGAGGCGGCUGAGGAAAAGAAGGAGGGCUCACAGCCAACAGAGAGCCCACUGAUGACGCGAAAAACUCGGGAGGGCCCGCCAAUGGUCGGCAAGGAGCUGAACAACGAGACCGUCACGGCCGGCCAGACGUUCAGUCUGGCGUGCAAGAUCACCGCCCAGCCCCAGGGAGAUGUUUCGUGGUUUAAAGACAACGAACGGCUCCCGGCUGCCGGCCGCUACGAGAAGAUCUCGGCCUGCGGUCUGCACCGUCUGAUCUGCCACUCGGCCCAGGCCACCGAUGCCGGUGUCUACAGAUGUGUCGUGGAGAAUGAGGUUGGCGUCGCCGUGUCGGAGUGUCGCGUAGACGUCCACGACGCCGAGGAGCAGCACGCACCCCGAUUUGAAUCCGGAUUGGUCGAUAAGACCGCCCUAUCCGGCCAUGAAAUCACCCUGAAAUGCCGAAUUUCCGGCCACCCCGAGCCGACGGUACUCUGGAUGAAGGAUGGAAUUCGCAUCAAUACAUCCAGACGCCAGCGCCUGCAAUUCGGGGAGAACGGCGUGUGCACGCUGACGAUCGCCGACAUGUCGGAGGAGGACACGGGCGUGUACCUGUGCACCGCCUCCAACAAGUUCGGCGUCGAGUCGAGCCAGUGCCUGGUGUUUGUUGCUGAGCCGACCGGACCUGAUGCUCAUCUCGUGCUGGCCGAUGUUCUGAGCGAUAAGCGGGUGCCACCGAAAUUCAUUCGGGCCCCGGCUUCGCUAAUCGAUGCGGCCGAGGGGUCGACGGUUAUGUUGGUCGCUAAGGCAAUCGGCGAGCCCCAGCCGCGUAUCACGUGGAAAAAGGAUGGAAAAGACAUUUCGCGCACUAACAGAAUGUACCAACACUACAUCACCGGCGAAUUCGAGGCCCAUCUGCAAAUCGAUUUCGUCGUCCAGAAGACGUCCGGCAUUUUCCAGUGCAUAGCCGAGAAUUCGGAGGGACAGACCGUUGUCGAGACCCAGGUGAUCGUGCAGCGCGGCACGGCGAAAAUCAUCGAAAACUGCGCGCCCGUGUUUUUGACGCCGAUGCGGGAUAUGGGCGUCGUUUCCGGCCACCCGUGCACCCUCAACUGCAAAGUGAAAGGUGUCCCCGAGCCGGAGAUCAAGUGGUACUUCCAAGACGACAACAUGCGACGCAUCUGCCUCAACCACGUCCCCACGGGCUGGAUCGAGUGCUCGGGCGGUGACCAGGCGGAGCUGAAAUGCGAACGCGUAUACCGUAACCAGCAGGGCACGUAUCAAUGCGUAGCGUCCAAUCGAUACGGCGAAUCGUCAACACAAUGCUAUUUGUUGGUCGGAGAACUACACGAUAGACCGGCUGGGCCACCGCGUUUCAUCAAAUGUCUGAGGGAUGUCUGGACACCGCUCGGACAAGAGAUUGUAUUCGAAGUGGAAACGGCUGGAUUCCCGCUGCCGGAAUUGAGAUGGCUACACAACGACAACCUGGUACGCGAGGGCCGCGACGUGCAGAUCAAGUACGUCAGCGACAACAAGUGCGAGCUGCGCAUCAAGAAGGUAUCCCUUCUCGACCUCGGCGUCUACAGUGUCGAGGCAUCGAACGCUCACGGCCUCUUGCGUACAAAUGCGUCACUUAACGUCGGAAAACCCCGACAUGCCAUCCCACCAGAAUUCCGUGAAUAUCUACCGUCUGUCGAAGAAGAAGUAUCUGUUAUGCCCCGAGUGGCAUUUGAUGAAGAGGAUCAACCGAAACAUCAUAGAAGCGCCUCACAGGUGCGCCAAGAACUGCGUAAGAAGGGCGCCGCCCCGGUGUUUGUGCACGGCCUCGAGGAUAUGGAGCUGAAGGCUGGAGCGUCGGCUGCUGUGGCUGGCCAGUUGACGAGAAAAACUCGCCAGCGCAUCGCUGGGCACCGUUCCGCGGCCAAGGGGUUGGCCGAGUCAAUCAUGGCGACAGCCCUGUUGAGCCCGACCACCUCGCAACCGUUUGAACUCCCCGAGGACGCCGAGAAACAGGAGGAACAACAUGAGAAAAUGGAGAAGGCUGAUGAUAAGAAGAAACACCUCGAAAGGCAGUCAUCCAGCAGGGACGAGACCGACAACUCGGCCCCGUCCAGCUUGGAUGAUAUCCGGCAAGCCGUGCAACAUCGAAACCGGAAGCCGUGUCGGCCAAAGUUCCUUGUCAAGCCAAAAGCCAAGAAGGAGCUGGAGGAGGGCCGAAGCCUACGGCUAAAAUGCGCAAUCUCCGCGAACCCGUUGCCUACCGUAUACUGGGACCGGGCCGGAGUCGUCUUGGAGACUGGAAACAAAUUCUCGAUCUACAAUGAUGGAGACUUCUACUAUCUGGAGGUGCACCACGUCUCCGUGCACGACCAAGGAUUCUACAACUGUACCGCCACUAACACUGAAGGAAUUGCCACUAGCUCUUCGGAGGUUGAGGUGAUCCGCGCGGAAGCGCCGAAGCGCCGCACGCGCAAGGAGCCGAAAGCACCUCAAUUUAUCGAAGUACUCCCCGGCGUUCUCCGCGGAACAGCCGGAGAGCAGACUACGGUAGAAUGCUCCGUGUCCGGUUUCCCGAGCCCGUCCAUUGCAUGGAUGCGGAAUGGUCAGGCUCUGGUCCCAUCCGAUCGAUAUUUGAUGAGCUACGAUGGGGAAUGUGCGACGCUGAAGUUUGCGCACGUGACGCUGGCCGACGAGGGCAGCUACGCGUGCGUGGCCAGCAACCAGAAUGGGGAGGCGAAAACGCAGAUGAAGUUUGAGGUCGCCCCUGGUGUUCACAAAACGGGAGACGGCCAGGCGCCACUAUUCCGCGCGGAGCGCCUGAAGGAUCGCAUCCGCGUCCGUGACGGCCAGCCGUGCAGCUUGGAGGCCGAGAUCAUCGAGGGCUCCGAGCCGUUGACGAUCAAGUGGUUAAGGGAUGGUGUGCAGAUUGAAGAUUCCGCCGCAUUCCGAUACUCACAAAGCGGAAAAAUCUGCCGGUUAGCCGUGGCAGACGCCUUCCCAGAAGAUGCCGGACAGUACAGCUGCGAGGCCAGAAAUCAAUGGGGAGUGGCGAGAUGUCAGAUGAGGAUGGAGGUAUACUCCGACGAGAAACCGGCCGGCGAGCAGGCCCCGAAAAUCUUGGAUGCCCCUGCAAGCCUCAGCGCUGACCUCGGAAUGCCGCUGGUUAUCAAAGCAAAGAUCGUCGGCCACCCCGACCCGGUCGUCGAAUGGCACAAGGGCACGGAAAAGCUCAUCAACAGCGACAAGUACAAGAUGAAUUCCGAUGGCGAGUCGAUGAUUCUGACGAUAGCUGAUACGAAUAGGCGUGACGCUGGCAAAUACAGAAUCACCGCGUCGAACCACGCCGGUCAAACGACGCACACCGUCGACGUGACAGUACGCGAGCCAACACCAAAUCCAUACGGAGAAGACCUCGCCACGGCCAAGCUGCUCCUGGAGGGUACAACCGCAGCGCUGCCGCAACGCCGGCCAGUCGCGCGCAAG